AUGUGGGCGACACUAGGUUUAGCGCCUUUCAUCGGUUUUUCAAUCUUGGAGCGACCCCCUAAUAAUAGUUCAAUAUCUAUCUAUCUAUCUAUCUAUCUAUCUAUCUAUCUAUAUUUCCGCUUUUCAAUAUCUAUCUACUAUCUCUAUUUCAGUUUUUCACUAUCUAUCUAUCUAUCUAUCUAUCUAUAUUUCCGCUUUUCAAUAUCUAUCUACUAUCUCUAUUUCAGUUUUUCACUAUCUAUCUAUCUAUCUAUCUAUAUUUCCGCUUUUCAAUAUCUAUCUACUAUCUCUAUUUCAGUUUUUCACUAUCUAUCUAUCUAUAUUUCCGCUUUUCAAUAUCUAUCUACUAUCUCUAUUUCAAUUUUUCACUAUCUAUCUAUCUAUCUAUAUUUCCGCUUUUCAAUAUUAUCUACUAUCUCUAUUUCAGUUUUUCACUAUCUAUCUAUGUAUAUUUCCGCUUUUCAAUAUUCAUCUACUAUCUCUAUUUCAGUUUUUCAUCUAUCUAUCUAUCUAUCUAUAUUUCCGCUUUUCAAUAUAUCUACUAUCUCUGUUUCAGUUUUUCACUAUAUCUAUCUAUCUUUCCGCUUUUCAAUAUCUAUCUAUAUUCUAUUUCAGUUUUUCACUAUCUAUCUAUCUAUCUAUAUUUCCGCUUUUCAAUAUCUAUCUACUAUCUCUAUUUCAGUUUUUCACUAUCCAUCUAUCUAUAUUUCCGCUUUUCAAUAUCUAUCUACUAUCUCUAUUUCAGUUUUCACUAUCUAUCCAUCUAUCUAUAUUUUCAUCUAUCUACUAUCUCUAUUUCAGUUUUUUCAUCUAUCUAUAUCUAUCUAUCUAUCUAUAUUUCCGCUUUUCAACAUCUAUCUACUAUCUCUAUUUCAGUUUUCAUCUAUCUAUCUAUAUUUCUUUUCAAUAUUCUAUCUACUAUCUCUAUUUCAGUUUUUCACUAUCUAUCUAUCUAUAUUUCCGCUUUUUAUCUAUCUACUAUCUCUAUUUCUUUUUUCUAUCAUCCAUCUAUUAUCUAUAGUUUUCAUCUACUAUCUCUAUUUCAGUUUUCACUAUCUAUCUAUCUAUAUUUCCGCUUUUCAAUAUCUAUCUACUAUCUCUAUUUCAGUUUUUCACUAUCUAUCUAUCUAUAUUUCCGCUUUUCAAUAUCUAUCUACUAUCUCUAUUUCAGUUUUUCACUAUCUAUCUAUCUAUAUUUCCGCUUUUCAAUAUCUAUCUACUAUCUCUAUUUCAGUUUUUCACUAUCUAUCUAUAUUUCCGCUUUUCAAUAUCUAUCUACUAUCUCUAUAUUUCCGCUUUUCAAUAUCUAUCUACUAUCUCUAUUUCAGUUUUUCACUAUCUAUCUAUCUAUCUAUAUUUCCUUUUUCAAUAUCUAUCUACUAUCUCUAUUUCAGUUUUUCACUAUCUAUCUAUCUAUCUAUCUUUCCGCUUUUCAAUAUUCAUCUACUAUCUCUAUUUCAGUUUUUCACUAACUAUCUAUCUAUAUUUCCGCUUUUCAAUAUCUAUCUACUAUCUCUAUUUCAGUUUUUUACUAUCUAUCUAUCUAUCUAUCUAUCUAUAUUUCCGCUUUUCAAUAUCUAUCUACUAUCUCUAUUUCAGUUUUUUAUUAUCUAUCUAUCUAUCUAUCUUUCCGCUUUUCAAUAUCUAUCUACUAUCUCUAUUUCAGUUUUUCACUAUCUAUCUAUCUAUAUUUCCGCUUUUCAAUAUCUAUCUACUAUCUCUAUUUCAGUUUUUCACUAUCUAUCUAUCUAUAUUUCCGCUUUUCAAUAUCUAUCUACUAUCUCUAUUUCACUAUCUAUCUAUCUAUCUAUAUUUCCGCUUUUCAAUAUCUAUCUACUAUCUCUCUAUUUCAGUUUUCACUAUCUAUCUAUCUAUCUAUCUAUCUAUAUUUCCGCUUUUCAAUAUCUAUCUACUAUCUCUAUUUCAGUUUUUCACUAUCUAUCUAUAUUUCUUUUUAUAUUAUCUACUAUCUCUAUUUCAGUUUUCACUAUCUAUCUAUCUAUAUUUCCGCUUUUCAAUAUCUAUCUAUAUCUCUAUUUCAGUUUUUAUCAUCUAUCUAUAUUUCGCUUUUCAAUAUCUAUCUACUAUCUCUAUUUCAGUUUUUCACUAUAUCUAUCUAUAUUUCCGCUUUUCAAUAUCUAUCUACUAUCUCUAUUUCAUCAUCUAUUAUCUAUAUUUCCGCUUUUCAAUAUUAUCACUAUCUCUAUUUCAGUUUUUCUAUCUAUCUAUCUAUAUUUCCCUUUUCAAUAUCUAUCUACUAUCUCUAUUUCAGUUUUUCACUAUCUAUCUAUCUAUAUUUCCGCUUUUCAAUAUCUAUCUACUAUCUCUAUUUCAGUUUUACUAUCUAUCUAUCUAUUUUCGCUUUUCAAUAUCUAUCUACUAUCUCUAUUUCAGUUUUUUCACUAUCUAUCUAUAUUUCCUUUUCAAAUAUCUAUCUCUAUAUUUCCGCUUUUCAAUAUCUAUCUACUAUUUCAGUUUUUUAUUAUCUAUCUAUCUAUAUUUCCUUUUCAAUAUCUAUCUACUAUCUCUAUUUUCAGUUUUUCACUAUCUAUCUAUCUAUCUUUCCGCUUUUCAAUAUCUAUCUACUAUCUCUAUUUCAGUUUUUCACUAACUAUCUAUCUAUAUUUCCGCUUUUCAAUAUCUAUCUACUAUCUCUAUUUCAGUUUUUCACUAUCUAUCUAUCUAUAUUUCCGCUUUUCAAUAUCUAUCUACUAUCUCUAUUUCAAUUUUUCACUAUCUAUCUAUCUAUCUAUCUAUCUAUAUUUCCGCUUUUCAAUAUCUAUCUACUAUCUCUAUUUCAGUUUUUCACUAUCUAUCUAUCUAUCUAUAUUUCCGCUUUUCAAUAUCUAUCUACUAUCUCUAUUUCAGUUUUUCACUAUCUAUCUAUCUAUAUUUCCGCUUUUCAAUAUCUAUCUACUAUCUCUAUUUCAGUUUUUCACUAACUAUCUAUCUAUAUUUCCGCUUUUCAAUAUCUAUCUACUAUCUCUAUUUCAGUUUUUCACUAUCUAUCUAUCUAUCUAUAUUUCCGCUUUUCAAUAUCUAUCUACUAUCUCUAUUUCAGUUUUUCACUAUCUAUCUACUAUCUCUAUUUCAGUUUUUCACUAUCUAUCUAUCUAUAUUUCCGCUUUUCAAUAUCUAUCUACUAUCUCUAUUUCAGUUUUUCACUAUCUAUCUAUCUAUAUUUCCGCUUUUCAAUAUCUAUCUACUAUCUCUAUUUCAGUUUUUCACUAUCUAUCUAUCUAUAUUUCCGCUUUUCAAUAUCUAUCUACUAUCUCUAUUUCAGUUUUUCACUAUCUAUCUAUCUAUCUAUAUUUCCGCUUUUCAAUAUCUAUCUACUAUCUCUAUUUCAGUUUUUCACUAUCUAUCUAUCUAUCUAUCUAUCUAUAUUUCCGCUUUUCAAUAUCUAUCUACUAUCUCUAUUUCAGUUUUUCACUAUCUAUCUAUAUUUCCGCUUUUCAAUAUCUAUCUACUAUCUCUAUUUCAGUUUUUCACUAUCUAUCUAUCUAUAUUUCCGCUUUUCAAUAUCUAUCUACUAUCUCUAUUUCAGUUUUUCACUAUCUAUCUAUCUAUAUUUCUUUCAAUAUCUAUCUACUAUCUCUAUUUCAGUUUUUCACUAUCUAUCUAUCUUUUUCAAUAUCUAUCUACUAUCUCUAUUUCAGUUUUUCACUAUCUAUCUAUCUAUAUUUCCGCUUUUCAAUAUCUAUCUACUAUCUCUAUUUCAGUUUUUCACUAUCUAUCUAUAUUUCGCUUUUCAAUAUCUAUCUACUAUCUCUAUUUCAGUUUUUCACUAUCUAUCUAUAUUUCCGCUUUUCAAUAUCUAUCUACUAUCUCUAUAUUUCCGCUUUUCAAUAUCUAUCUACUAUCUCUAUUUCAGUUUUUCACUAUCUAUCUAUAUCUAUAUUUCUUUUCAAUAUCCAUCUACCAUCUCUAUUUCAGUUUUCACUAUCUAUCUAUCUAUCUUUCCGCUUUUCAAUAUCUAUCUACUAUCUCUAUUUCAUUUUCACUAUCUAUCUAUCUAUAUUUCCGCUUUUCAAUAUCCAUCUAUAUCUCUAUUUCAAUUUUUUUCACCAUCCAUCUAUCUAUCUAUCUAUCUAUAUUUUUUUUUUCAUAUCUAUCUAUCUAUCUAUAUUUCCGCUUUUCAAUAUCCAUCUACUAUCUCUAUUUCAGUUUUUCACUAUCUAUCUAUCUAUAUUUCCGCUUUUCAAUAUCUAUCUACCAUCUCUAUUUCAGUUUUUUCACUAUCUAUCUAUCUAUAUUUCCGCUUUUCAAUAUCUAUCUACUAUCUCUAUUUCAGUUUUUCUAUCUAUCUAUCUAUCUAUAUUUCCGCUUUUCAAUAUCUAUCUACUAUCUCUAUUUCAUUUUUCACUAUCUAUCUAUCUAUCUAUAUUUCCGCUUUUCAAUAUCUAUCUACUAUUUCAGUUUUCACUAUCUAUCUAUCUAUCUAUAUUUCCGCUUUUCAAUAAUCUACUAUCUCUAUUUCAGUAUCUAUCUAUCUAUCUAUCUAUAUUUCCGCUUUUUCAAUAUCUAUCUACUAUCUCUAUUUCAGUUUUUCACUAUCUAUCUAUCUAUCUAUCUAUCUAUCCAAUACAAUGCAAAAUAUGCCAGAGAAAACUUAAACUGACAUAUAUAUUUCUUUAUUCGGGACCUUAUUUUUAUUUUUUUUAUUUCACUCCUGAUGGCGCUAAUUUCCAUAAACUUUUAUGUCUCAAGGUGGUCAUUAUCUAUCUAUCUAUCUAUCUAUCUAUCUAUCUAUCGCUCUAA